AUGGCAGCGCCAAACAAGGAUUACAGAUAUUCAGUUGAAUUUAAUGUUCAUGCUGUUGAUGCACCCGGUACUCAUUUAAUAAGAAAAGGUGAUAUUUAUUUAAAUAUAUGUAUAUUGGGUGUACAUAAACGAACACGAUUAAUGCCACCUCAUUUACCUAUGCAUAUUGAUCAAAAAUUGUUUUUUGAUAAAGUUUUUAAAUUCUGUUAUGAUGCUGAAGAUAUAAUUCAACGAUUGGAACGUGAACAUAUUCUUAUUGAACUAAUUCAAAAGGAUAUUCCAUCACCUAUUCUUUUGGCUAGUUAUGAAGCACGUGCAAAAGAUUUUCUUUAUCCACAUUCAUCAAAUCGUAUUGAAUAUACCGGUUUACGUCGUUACGUUCUUCUUGCUCGAACAAUUGAUUUUCCUGGAAUUUCACCUUGUUUUGAAUUUAGUACUACUCCAUCUAUUGAUGAUAUAACUGGUCUUACAUUACCAACAACAAUUCGUAGAGAAAUAAAAAUUCCGAAAAGAUCGAGAUCACCCAUAUGGAAACCAUCAUCUACAUAUCCAAUAAGACCUCGUUUAAAUGAUUCGGCAAAUAUGUCACGUUCAUUUACAUCACAUACAAUGUCAUCAGCACUACGAAAUGAUUAUGCACAACGUGAAACUGAAGAAAAACUACGUGAAUUAGCUGUUGAUCGAGAUAUAAAUUAUAUCAUUCCUAUUGAUAAAACAAAAGGACGACCACCAUUUGUUGUUCGACAUGUUACUGAUGAUCUUAUUGGUCGUCAACCAAAAUCUCAUACUAUAUUUAAAGAUGCUUUAGUUGUUAAUAAUUAUAAGUUAGCACGACCAGAAAAAUCAACUACAUUAAAUUCAUUUGAUAGUGGUUUUUAUCGUUCUCGAUCACUUUCUCCUGUUCUUGGUCGAAGUAUUAGUCCAUUAGAUGGACGAGCUCGUUCAUUAUCACCAUCUCGUCGUUCACCUAGAUUAUCUCAAUCAAUGAAUUUUGAUAAUCGAGAACGUUCACGAUCACCUUCACGAGAUUUAUACAAUGAUUAUACAGGAGAUAAUGAUAUCUACUCCAGUAGUCCACCACGUCAUUUAAUGAGUUCUACAUUACUUCGUGAUUCAUUUCGUUAUCGUUAUCGAUAUUCACCAGCAGCUGAUCUUAGUAAUAAAGUUAUUAAUACUCUUCGUCGUAAUUUAAGUUCUUAUAGUUCUCAACCAUGGCAUCAUUAUUAUUCAUCAUAUCGUUAUUCAGAUGGACAUAUGGAUGAUUAUGAUACAUUUGAAAGAAGUCGUCAAUUCAUACAAGAUUAA